ACUUGCACUUGUGCACAUGGAUGUGGUGGGGCCCACAAGAGCCCUUUCCCUCUCAGGCAGCCGCUAUUUCUUGACAAUUGUGGAUGACCACACUCGUGCAGUGUGGGUUUACCCUUUGAAGAGCAAGGGGGAGGUGGCAGCGGCUGUCCUUAAGGAGUGGAUGCCUAGAGCUCAGAGGGAAUGCGGACACAAGGUGAAGGUGAUCCGCAGUGACAAUGGUGGGGAGUUCAUUGGAGCUGAUUUUGAGGGGGAGUUGAAGAGGAAGGGGAUCCAGCAUCAACUGACAGUGCCCUACAAUCCGCAGCAGAAUGGCGUGGCUGAGAGGUUCAACAGGACCCUGCAGGAGGGGGCACGCACUCUCCUUGGGCGUGCAGGGCUACCUGAUCCGUUUUGGGUGUCUGCACUGAGGCAGGUCGCCCUUGUGAAGAACAGGGUGCUGGCUACAGUUGGAGAUAAGGAGUGGAUCCCAUAUAUCAAGUGGUAUGGGAGUGCUCCAGCUGUGAACAUGCUGAGGGCAUUUGGGUGCAUGGUAGUGUUUCAUAAGCUGACAGUGUCAAGGGAUGUGAAGUUUCUUGAGUCCCUGUACUACAAGGAAUGGAAGCAGCAGCAACAGAAGCUUCCAUCUACACCGCUCAUUGUGGAGGCAGAUGAGGUGCAGCAGCCUUCAAGACAGGUGGAGGUUGCAGUGUCAGAGGAGGAGAUGUCUGGGGUGACUGAGGAAGGGGGAGCAGCUGAAGUAGUGGAGCAGCAACAGCAACAUGAGUCUCCACCUCGAGUUCCACACCCGCCUGAGCGACCUAGGAGGGAUGUGCGCCCUCCUGUGAGGCUGACCUAUGGGGGAAGAGGCAAGCCAAAUGUGGUGCAGGCUGGGAGUGUGGUUGAGCAGAUUGAGGAAGAUGAGAUCGCUCACUGCUACUGGGCACCAAUCCCUGAGCCCAAGACUCGAGAGGAGGCCUUGAAUGGACCAAAUGGGGAGAAGUGGAAGGCGAGUGAGGAUGAGGAGUUCGGGUCCCUAAUUGAGAACGAGACAUGGGACCUGUGUGACUUGCCUCCUGGGAAGAAGGCAAUCACUUCCAAGAUGAUCUACAGGCACAAGUAUGGACCUGAAGGGGAGCUGACCCGCUACAAGUCUAGGCUUGUGGCACGGGGGUUUCAGCAGACAAAGGGGAAGGACUAUGAUGAGGUAUUUGCUCCUGUGGGGAAAGGAACAACACUGAGGGUGCUGUUGGCGAUAGCUGCACUCCUGGGAUGGAAGAUACGGCAGAUGGACAUUGUGACUGCCUUUCUGAAUGGGAUCAUUCUGGAGGAGGUGUACAUGAAGCAGCCAGAGGGGCUGGAUGAUGGGAGCGGCAGGGUCUGCAGGCUGAAGAAGGCAAUCUAUGGCCUUAAGCAGGCGCCUCGUGCAUGGUAUCACAAGUUGGAGGAGGCGCUGGUGGCUGGGGGUUUCAAGAAGAGUGAGUGUGACCCCAGCCUGUUCCUGCUGCAGGAGAAGGACGAAAUCCUCAUGCUCUUGGUGUAUAUGGAUGAUAUCCUUCUCUUUUCUGCAUCCACUGCUUUGCUGGACAGCGCAGAGCAGAUGCUGGAGAUGCAGUUCAAGUGCUCCAAGAUGGGUGAGGUGAAGUACUACUUGGGGAUGCAUGUGGAGAGAGAUGUGGAGAAGGGUGUGCUGAGGUUGCACCAGAGGAAGUACUAUUCUUGAACUUUGAUUGAACCUUUGAGAUUGAGUUAAGUUCUCCUCCUACAGCUUACCCCCUAGUGCGUCGAAAGCCAUAGCGUCGCGAAUACUUUAUCAAUCAACAUGAUUCAAAUUGGGAACGGUAGCUGAGAUUAAGAGCUACAACAUAUCCAAGUUUCGCGAUAUUCCAACGGCUAGUUUUUCGUCGACGUCGUUUCUUGUGAAGACGACUUUUCUGUCCAGAAUUUCGGAUUUA